AUGGCUACCGCCCCGGACUACAAGAACAUCCCGCACUCGCACCGUCUGCCUGUCGCCCACCGCGAUGUCCAGCGCACCCUCACAAAGCUGUCGCGCCAGUCGCUGAUCUCGCUCGCCCAGCAGUGGCUGAGCAAGAAGAACCGCGACUUCUGCACGCCGUUCCUGCUCGGUGACCGCAACGAGGCCGAGGCCGAGGACGACCUGAAUGAGGAGCUGUACGAGCCGGCGCAGAGCCACGAGGAGCUACUGGAGACGUACAAGGAGCUGGCCGCGCGCAAGGGCGGUCGGAGAGAGGUGCUCGACCGCAUCCUCGAGGGCGACUGGCGGACCGGCGUGUCCAUGUACAUGUUGGCGACGGCCGAGAUACAGUAUCUGCUCGACCAUCCCAACGCCCUGCGCUGGACCGCCCGACGGCUGACCCGGAUACCCAGCGCCCGCUCAGCCGUCACCGACAUGGAGGUCACGAACGACUCAGACCACCUCCCCCGCUUCCAAGCACAGACGUUCAUGUCGAAUCUCGCUCGCGAGCUGACGCCGCUGAUGAAGGCGCACUACCUCAUCACGAGAAUCAAGACAUCGCCAAUGACCAUCCUGCGCGUCUACAUCCACGACUCGCCGUACAGCAACGAGACCUCACUGGCGCUGGACUCGAGCACCGCAGACAGUGCCAAGGCGGUUUUCUUCGUCUGGCCAAGUGGCUCGCCGUUCGUCUACUCCUCCUUAGCCACACACACAGGGCAGGUGGUGGGGGACGAGGGGCGUCACUUGAGAGACAUUGUACAGCAGGCCAUACCAAAGGCCUUCUCAAGACCUUCAGCAAGAUACCAAUUGACAAGCACAAACUUCACAACCAAGUCCCUCGACGCCCUCCUCACAUACCGCGGGCCGGGAAAGAGCAAUGGCGCGGCAGGAGGUUGGAGCAUCUUCCAGGACCACAGCUUCAGCCAGAAUGCACUGGACUUUAUCACUACGCAGAAGAGCGACGAGCAACACAAAGAGCGCAGACCGAAGACCCUCGCCAACACAUCGGCCAAGGUCGGUCCAGGGCGGCCGAAGAGGGCACUGGACAGCACCGAAACACCCGAGUCGAAGAGAAGGAGAGAAGUCGCACAAGGUCGAUUCGGCACUUCUGCCCAACCAGAUGACGGUCAAGGCCUCGAGCGGUUCGAAGUGCGCAUCGACGACCCCUUCCCUGCCCCACCAAACAACCCUGCAGAACCGGACGUCGAGACGUCGAGAACCAGCGCCCAGCCUUCAAAUCGCGGCCGCAGAGGUCGCCCGUCAAUACUUGAUCGCACUGCAGAAGAGACAGAGCAGCUGCAAAACGACCAAGGAUGGGUUCCGAAUGUCCGCAUUGCAUUCACAGGCACGCACGUCUUUGCCGGCAUUAGGCAAUUGGUCGAGGAAGGCAUAGUGGAUGGCGAGAAGAUGCCAGGCUGGAUGACAGGCGAGGCAGCUGUCACAAUAGGCGCAGUGAGAGAAGGCAGGAUACGCGCCAAAGACGGUGUUCCUGGUACCUGA